CCUCCUCCAACAAGAACUCUCGAGUCAAACCACACUUUAGUAUUCUAGUAGUUAUCAUACUCGAAACCGCUUCCAAAUAACUGGCCUUGAAACCAAAAAUCCGACCCACCUAUCAUGCAUCUACUCAUUCUCCUUAAUUUUUUGAUGGUUACGUUUGCCUUGAGCGCCCAGGAGAAGGCCACCCCCAAGCCGCCCCCACCGCACCUGUUCAACUGUGAAGCUACUCAAAUGGCCACCCGUGGGUAUAAGAUCGUACUCAAUAGCGUUCCGCUCUGCAAGUUGAAGAAUGGCCAAUACAUCUAUCCGAUUGCGAUCAAGAAACCGAAGUACAUUGAUUACACUUGCGCGGACUUGAAGAAGCAAGUUCCUCAGUGUUGCAUCGGCCCCAUCACGAAACUCUCACAAGUGAAAUCGUAUCAUUGCAGCGAUGCUGAACUGUACUCCGAAGGUCAACCCUGAA